AUGGCACCAAUAUUGGAAGAAUCCAUCCCUGUGGUCCCGACAGCGAUCCCAUCCAAAACAACCCAAGAAUCAUCCGGUCUCCAGCGAGAGCCCCUCAAGCUGUCCGGAGUACUUGGCCAGUUUGAAUCAUUCGAUGUGACACCGGUUAUUGGCAGAGAAUAUCCCACCGUCAACCUGAAGGAGUGGCUCAACGCUCCCAAUUCCGAUGAGUUGCUGAGAGAUUUGGCCAUCACAAUCUCCCAACGGGGUGUGGUCUUCUUCCGCAAACAGGACGAUCUGGACAACGAAUCCCAGAAGGAGCUCAUCCACCGAUUGGGUCUGUUGGCGGGCAAACCAGCCACGUCUGGCUUGCACAUUCACCCGGUCACGAACGCCGGACGAGAACACGGCGGCAAGGACGACGAGAUCAGUGUCAUCAGCUCCGAGCAGCGGAAGAAACUGUUCAAGGGGCGCUACACCACCAAACAGAGUCUCAAGGGAGGCUGGCACAGCGACAUCACCUUCGAACCCAUUCCUAGCGACUAUGCCGUGUUACGUUUGACCAAACUACCAAAGACUGGGGGAGAUACCCUCUGGGCCAGCGGAUACGAAGUCUUCGACCGAAUCUCCGAGCCAUACCAGCGCUUCCUCGAGUCGCUGACCGCCACAUACGCUCAGCCAGCAUUCAAUCAGAGCGCCAAGGAUAACGAAUUCGAACUCUACGCCGGACCCCGCGGUGCCCCCGAGAAUGUAGGCAGCGAGCUCCGCGCCGAGCACCCCGUCAUCCGCACCAAUCCCGUCACCGGCUGGAAGAGCGUCUUUGCCGUCGGAGCGCAUGUCGAGAAGAUCAAUGGACUUGCCGAGGAAGAGAGCAAGCAUCUGCUCGACUGGUUUGUUUCGUUGAUUGUGGAAAACCAUGAUCUGCAGGUGCGACACAGAUGGCGGGACCCGAAUGAUCUUGCAAUCUGGGAUAACCGCAGUGUCUACCACACUGCCACAAAUGACUACGAUAUCUUUGGAGAGGAACGAGAGGGACAGAGGGCCGUCAGUCUGGGCGAGCGACCCUAUCUCGAUCUCAAAAGCAAGAGUCGGCGGCAGGCUCUGGGGUUGAAGGGAUAG